AAUCAGAAGUAUUGAACAAAGCAAAAAAAAUUGAGCUUUUCAGAGAAAAUAGCUUGGCAAAAAACAAGAGAAAGCAACCAACUGAAUGCGAAAAGAAUCCACAACAGCUAUUAGCGACAAAUUUCGAUGAAUUCAUCAAUGAUCAAAUUGGACGCACUUUAAUAUUGUCAUCUUCAUCCGUUCCAACAGAU